AAGUAUGAUGAAAACUGUAUUUUCAGAAUGUGCAGCACCCCAGAGCGUGUCCUUGAAGCAGCUGUUAGGAUGGUUGGUUGGCAGUUGGCUUGUGAACCCCUUGUACGACGCACAGUUAGAGAGGCAUACUUUGAACGUGCCAGGAUCAGCAGCAGGCCCACCCCACAGGGUGUGAAGAUCAUUGAUGAACAUCAUUCACUUUAUGCACUUAAAUAUUUGAAAGAUAAACCAGUCACUGAUCUGCAGGGCGAUCAGUUCCUUCGUCUCAAAUGUGGUGUUGAAGACAAACUGCUGACAAUUAGCUUGUCUGAUACCAUUGAAGGGAAUACAACCAUGAGUUAUCUUGAUGAAAUGAAACAGUUGUAUUACAAGGAUGAGUUUUCCCAAGUUGUCCAAGACUGGAAUGACCUGAGAGGCCGGGCAAUUGAAUUUACCUUCAAACGGAUUAUUGAAGAUCUUAAAAGGGAACUCACUCAACGUUUGGUUCAGGAAUCAAAAGAUCAUGUGAUGGAACAGUGUUGCAGUAAACUCUAUAACUGGAUUAAAAUUGCACCCUAUAAUCCCGGAGACUUUUCUGAUGAAGAUGAAGAUGACUGGGAUACUAGUAAAGGUUUCAGAGUAUUUUCUAUUGCAUUUGUUCCAGACCUUUCCCAAGCAGCAUUUGGUUGUUGCAUUGACAUUGAUGGCGAUUGUUGUGAAUAUAUUCGUCUCCCACAUUUGCUCAAACGGCGUAAUGCUUACAAUGAAAGAGAUGCUAUGGCUAAAGAAAGCGAUAUUAGGCGCAUGCAGGAUUUUAUAAUUCGCCGUAAACCACAUUGUAUUGCCAUAUGUGGACAAUCUCGAGAAGCUCUCAUGGUUAAGGAAGACUUGAUUCAAAUCCUCAAAGAUCUUGAAGAACAAGAACAGUUUCCUAAAAUAAAUGCAGAAAUCAUUGACAAUGACCUGGCUCAUAUUUAUGCAAUGUCAAAAAAAGGAGAAGCAGACUUCCUUGACUACCCUCCACUAUUACGACAGGCUAUAUCAGUUGGUCGACGUGUUCAGGAUCCAUUGAUUGAAUUCUCACAGCUAUGUAAUACUGAUGAAGAAUUACUUAACAUUAAAUUCCACAGUUUACAGGAUCAGUUAAACCCUACAGAGCUACUUGAUGCUCUGUACACUGAAUUUGUCAACCGCACAAAUGAAGUUGGGGUAGAUUUGAAUCGUGCUGUAGCAUAUCCUUAUACACAGAACUUGGUCCAAUUUGUUUGUGGAUUAGGACCACGAAAGGCCAACCUGCUUAUAAAGAAUAUGAAGCAGAAUAAUCAACGUCUAGAAAAUAGAAACCAGUUAGUUGUCAACUUCCAUAUGGGUCCUAAGGUAUUCAUUAACUGUGCAGGAUUUAUCAAGAUUGAUACCAAUGCUUUGGGUGAUAGUGAUAAUUAUAUAGAGGUUCUAGAUUCUACCAGAAUUCACCCAGAAGCUUAUGACUGGGCUAGAAAAAUGGCUGUUGAUGCACUAGAAUAUGAGGAUGAAGAGGGUAAACCUGCAGAGGCCUUGGAGGAAAUCUUAGAAACACCAGAGAGACUCAGUGAGCUUGACCUUGAAGCUUUUGCUACUGAACUACAGAAUCAGGGCUUUGGUAAGAAGAACACAACUUUGUACGAUAUUAGACAUGAGCUUAAUCAUAGGUACAGAGAUUUUAGGUUACCGUUCAGGUCUCCAACUCCAGAAGAAGUUUUCAACAUCUUGACUAAGGAGUCGCCAGAAACUUUUUAUGUCGGUAAGCUUGUUCAGGUUUCGGUCACAAACUUUAUUCAUCGCAAACCCCGUGGUGAUCAACUGGAUAAUGCCAAUCCUGUCAGAAAUGAAGACACAGGUCUUUGGCAGUGUCCUUUCUGUCUAAAAAAUGAUUUUCCUGAACUAAGUGAAGUGUGGAAUCAUUUUGAUGCUGGUGAUUGUCCAGGUCAAGCCAUAGGGAUUAGAGUUCGAUUAGAUAAUGGGAUAUCAGGUUUUAUUAGCAUAAAAAAUUUGUCGGAUAAAACGGUGACAAAUCCAGCAGAAAGAGUGAGACGAGAUGGUCUUGUUCUCUGCCGUAUCAUGAAAAUUGAUCCCGAGAAGUUUUCGGUUGAGCUCACAUCCCGAACAUCAGACCUACAAGACCGAGAUAACAAGUGGAAGGUUCCAAAGGAUGCCUAUUAUGACCAUGAAGCUGAAGAGAAAGAUUUGAAUGUAGACAGGAAAAAGAUGGACAAAAAGAAGACUCAGUAUCAAAAGCGAGUGAUUGCUCAUCCAUCUUUUAGAAACAUUGACUAUAAUGAAGCAGAAAAGGUUAUGCAGCAACUGGAGCAAGGAGAGGUCAUCAUACGACCAUCAAGUAAAGGAAUUAAUCAUCUUACUGCUACCUGGAAAGUCACAGAAGGAAUAUGUCAGCACAUCGACGUGCUGGAACAGGAUAAGCAAAAUGACUUCUCUCUUGGUCAGAAGCUAUGGAUUGGAAAUGAAGAAUUUGAGGAUUUGGAUGAAAUUAUUGCCAGAUACAUAUCACCCAUGGCCAGUAAUGUAAGACAAAUCCUUGAAUAUAAAUAUUAUAAAGAGUCCAUCAUGGGCAAUAAGGAGAAAGCAGCUGAGCUACUGAAAGAAGAGAAAAAGAAGAACCCGAAGACAAUUCCGUAUAUCUUUUCACCAAGAAAGGAUUUGCCAGGGAAGUUUCUCUUGUCAUAUUUACCAAGAGUGAAAGUGAUCCAUGAAUUUGUAACUGUCACUCCUGAAGGUUUCAAGUUUAGGCAAAGAAUGCAAUAUCCAAACCUUGCUGGACUACUAAAAUGGUUUAAGCAAAAUUUCCGUAGAGCAUUGCCAGGUGCAACACCAGGAAUGAUGUCCACACGCACACCAUACAUGGGUGGCACAACACCAAAUCUUAUGGGUGUUGAUGCCUCCACAAUCCAGAAAGUUGCUCAGAACUUAAAUCCACACAUGCUUCAUAACCUCUCCCAGGCAGCCACCAAUACGCCGUAUAGUGUCAACACUCCUGGAGGUUUUUCUCAGGGUUACUCAAACUAUGCUAAUACCCCUUAUACACCUUCAGGUCAGACACCAUUUAUGACACCAUAUGCCACCCCUGGGCCAUCCACUACACCUCGUUAUAGUGGAUCACAAACCCCUGUAUAUAGUGGUAGUGGUAACCGAACUCCCUCACAUCGUCCAUCUACAGGACAUUUGCCUCAGCCAUCUCGCUCUGGCCCUCCAGUUAGUAGCCGAACAGAACAAAUGGACUGGAAAAUGGCAGCAGCUGCUUGGGUACAAGCCAAGGGUGGGAGUAGUGGACAUGAUAGUGGAAGGAUGACUCCACGACACCAUGAUGGUGGUCGCUCAACUCCUCGGUACUCUGAUAAUCGUGACUCUAGAUACCCCUCUAGUCCCAGAUAUCCUGACGAUGGAUCUCGCCGUACUCCACGUUAUGAUGACCGCACACCUCGCCCCUACCAUGAUUAUGACAACCCACGUGCUACUCCUCGCUCUGCUCGUUCAACACCUAAAACCAUCCAUUCACCUGCUAACAUGAGCAUUGGAGGAGACCAAACACCACUCUAUGAUGAAUAGUGCUCUAGAUAUCUUUGCUAAUGAUGACAAAGUAAUCUAUCACUUUUUUCUUUAUAUAUAGUUUGUACAGGGCAAGAUUAAGGAACUGUAUUUAAGAAUUACAGUAAUUUAACAGUUUAUUCACAUUUGUAUGGGAUUUUUACCAGGGCAGUCUUGUGUAAAAAGAUGUAAUUGUAUUUCAAUUCAUUAA